CGCUGUUGCUAGACCCGUUCCUAUUGAACAAACACACAGAGCGACACGAUGCUAUUAGAAAGCGAAGCAUUUCUAACGGAGUUGACGCGGAUGUUCCAGAAGUCCAGAGAUUCUGGCUCGUUAGUGAUAACUAUGAAGCGAUGGGACGGUCAUGAAAAGCCGAAACCGAGAGAUCUAGAGAAGAAGCCCCCGAAAAAUAAGAAGCUGAAAAAGAAGCUUGAGAAGCUUCAAAGCAUCGCUCCUGCCCAAACUAAAGAGUACAAAUGCCUUCUGAGAGCUGUAUUAGGGAGCAGAAAAAUUUCCACUGUCGUUACGCCCCAAGAGGCAAUGAAAUUCCAAGCAUCUUACUCUAUAUUGUUGAGAGGGAACAUAGAUGGCUUGAGGAAGAAGGAGAAGAAGAAAGCAGCCGCGGCGAACUGACUAUACGCGGCAAGAUAUCGAGAGUACAUUGUACAUACAAUAAAUUAUGUGAAAUCUAAAUAAAAAGAAGUAUUCUCGUUUGUUA